AUGGGCCAGGCCAUGACGGCGAACCUGGUUCGCUUUGGGAAUAUGGAGGCACCGUUGACUCUUUAUAACCGUACCAAGCGCAAAGCAGAUGAGCAUAGUGUCAAACUCGGAUCCUGCAAGGUCGCUCAGACGAUCGAGGAGGCUGUGUCAAACUCAGAUAUAGUUUGGUCGUGCCUUGAAAAUCACGAGGCUGUUAUGCACACGUUCGAGAGCAUUCUGUCGGUGGAUAUCAAGGGGAAAUUGUUCGUAGACAGCUCCACCAUCCCCCCCGAAAAGACAAAUGCGAUCGCUGAGCGCGUUCUGAGUGCGGGUGGAGAGUUCGUGGCAAUGCCAGUGAUGGGUGAGCCCACGAUGGCAGCUACACGAUCUCUUAUCUGUAUCCCAAGUGGCAAUCCCGCAUCGGUAGACCGAAUCCGACCCUAUCUGGAAGGAGUUGUUUGCCGGUCAGUGGUCGACUUAAGUGGGGAGGAGCUUGGAACCUCCUCGCUGCUGAAGCUCAUGGGCAACUUUCUGAUUAUGGCAACAAUGGAGACAGUCGCAGAGGUCAACGUGCUCGCCGAGAAAACUGGCCUCGGAACCAAGAAUAUGAGCAAGUUGAUGAAUGUCAUGUUUCCUAAUCCACCGCACGCGGUUUACAACCGCCGGAUGGUUAGUGGAGAAUACCAUACGGGUGUGCCCAUGGUCGAGGUCCACAAAGCAAUUUCACUGACAGAGAGCGUGUUGGACAUGGCAAGAAAGUGUGGAGCAUCGGUGAAGCUCUAUGAGAUUGCGCACGAGCAUCUUAAGGCGGUUGAAGCUUUUGCUGGACCCACGGCUGAUAUUACUGGCAUUUACGGGGCUACCAGACAGGAGAGCGGGCUCCCUUACGAGAAUGGAACGCAGUAG